UGGGUCCGGGACAACGUCUACAGCAUCCUGGCCGUGUGGGGGCUGGGCCUGGCCUACCGCAAGAACGCCGACCGCGACGAGGACAAGGCCAAGGCCUACGAGCUGGAGCAGAGUGUGGUGAAGCUGAUGCGGGGGCUGCUCCAGUGCAUGAUGAGACAGGUGGACAAGGUGGAGGCAUUCAAGUACAGCCAGAGCACCAGGGACUGCCUGCAUGCCAAGUACAACACCCACACCUGUGCCACCGUGGUGGGGGACCAUGAGUGGGGUCACCUACAGAUGGAUGCCACCUCCCUCUACCUGCUCAUGCUGGCACAAAUGACAGCCUCAGGCCUCCACAUAAUUCACAGCCUGGAUGAAGUCAACUUUAUCCAGAACCUUGUGUUCUACAUCGAAGCAGCUUACAAAACUGCGGACUUUGGGAUAUGGGAACGUGGGGACAAGACGAAUCAGGGCAUCACCGAGUUGAACGCUAGCUCCGUCGGCAUGGCCAAGGCUGCCCUGGAGGCCCUGGAUGAGCUGGAUCUCUUUGGAGCAAAGGGAGGCCCGCAGUCGGUGAUACGGGUGCUGUCGGACGAGGUGCAGCACUGCCAGUCCAUCCUCCACUCGAUGCUGCCCAGGGCCUCCACAUCCAAAGAGGUGGAUGCCAGUGUGCUCUCUGUCAUCUCCUACCCAGCGUUCGCUGUGGAGGACAGCGAGCUGGUGGAAAUCACCAAGCAAGAGAUCAUCACAAAGCUGCAGGGGCGCUACGGCUGGGGGCGCCUUCUCCCGGGGGGUCACACCCGCUUCCUCCGGGAUGGAUACAGGACCCCCAAAGAGGACCCCAACCGCCUCUACUAUGAACCUGCUGAGCUGAAGCUGUUUGAGAACAUUGAGUGUGAGUGGCCUCUCUUCUGGGCAUACUUGAUAAUUGAUGGGAUUUUCAGUGGAAACAUGGAGCAGGUAGAGGAGUACCGGGAAGCCCUUGAGGGGGUUCUCAUCAAGGGGAAGAAUGGGGUGCGCCUGGUGCCAGAGCUGUACAGCGUCCCGUCAGAUAAGGUGGAUGAGGAGUACAGGAACCCCCACACUGUGGACAGGAUACCCAUGGGCAAGCUGCCACUCAUGUGGGGGCAGUCUCUCUACAUCCUGGGCUGCCUGAUGGCUGAGGGGUUUCUAGCUCCUGGUGAAAUAGAUCCUCUCAACCGCCGGUUUGCAACUGUCCCGAAGCCUGAUGUGGUGGUCCAAGUGUGCAUCCUGGCAGAGACGGAGGGGAUCAAGGCUGUCCUGAGGAAGGAGGACAUCGAUGUGGAGACUGUGGCAGACGUCUACCCCAUCAGAGUGCAGCCUGCUCGCAUCCUCAGCCACAUCUACGCCCGUCUGGGCCGCAACAAGCAGAUGUGCCUGACGGGACGGCCCUACCGCCACAUGGGCGUCCUUGGGACCUCCAAGCUCUACAACAUCAGGAAGAACAUUUUUACCUUUACCCCGCAGUUCAUAGACCAGCAGCAGUUCUACCUGGCUCUUGACAACAAGAUGAUUGUGGAGAUGCUGAGAACGGACCUCUCGUACCUUUGCAGCCGCUGGAGGAUGACCGGGCAGCCAACCAUCACUUUCCCCAUCUCCCACACCAUGCUCGAUGAAACUGGCAGCAGCGUGCACCCCACAGUACUGGCAACGCUGCGGAAGCUGCAGGAUGGGUAUUUUGGUGGUGCAAGGAUCCAGACGGGUAAGUUGUCGGAGUUCCUGACAACAUCAUGCCGAACGCACCUCAGCUUUAUGGACCCUGGGCCAGAGGGUAAGGUCUUUGCCAAGAGUUACGAGCUCAGCAUUGACAGCUUUGAGGAGCUAGACGCGGAGGAGUGGCUGCAUGGCUUGCAGAUAGCAGAGGAUGCAGACACAUAUGACGAGGUUGCUCAGUAUUUGGACCACUUGCUGCAGCGCACAGUUCCACAGUCGAACCUCCCUCCCACUGCCCAGCGGGGAGGGCUUAGCCGCUUCCGGGCUGCUGUCCACACCACCCGUGACCUCAUGUCCCUGGCAUCCAAGGCCAAGGACCUUCAUGUCCAGAAUGUUGGGAUGUAUGUCCCCAGCAAAAUAUUCCAGGCAUCCCAGCAGUCGGUCAAGCUGCUGAGCUCACCACACGAGCACGAUGUGGAUGGCAAGAGCCACACACUCCAUGCAGAGAUGAACCUGCCCCGUGAUGAGGAUGGCAACGUGGACUGCAAGGCACUGGUGGACCAGCUGCGCAUCUGCCCCACACUGCAGGAGCAAGCGGACAUCCUCUACAUGCUGCACAUCCUCAAAGGGCCCGAGUGGCACACAGGGCUUGAUAGUGAGCCUGGCCCCACUGUGAAGGAGCUCCUCACUGAGCUGUACAUGCGAGUGGGGGACACGCGCCAGUGGGCCCUGAUCCGCUACAUCUCUGGCAUCCUCAAGAAGAAGGUGGAAGCUCUGGAUGAGGCCUGCACUGACCUCCUGUCUCACCAGAAGCACUUGACAGUGGGACUGCCCCCGGAGCCACGCGAGAAGACUAUCUCCGCACCAAUCCCCUACGAGGACCUUGUUUGCCUCAUUGAUGAAGCCAGUGAGAAGAACCUCAGCGUGUCCAUCCUCACCCAGGAGAUCAUGGUGUACUUGGCCAUGUACAUGCGUACACAGCCUGCACUCUUUGCUGAGAUGUUCCGCAUCCGCAUUGGGCUCAUCAUCCAGGUGAUGGCUACAGAGUUGGCACACUCCUUGCACUGCUCAGCUGGAGAAGCCACCGAGAACCUGAUGAAUCUCAGCCCAUCAGACAUGAAGAGCCUCCUCUACCACAUCCUCUCUGGCAAGGAGUUUGGGGUGGAAAGGAGCGUGCGAUCAGUUGACUCGUCGCUCACCACUGCUAUCUCCAUCUGUGAGGUGGGGGCUGUCGGCGCCACCAAGCCUGAGCGUGCUGGCAUCAUCAGGCUGAAAAGUGAGAUCAAACAGCAACUGGAUAAACGUAGGCAGUCUCUGACUGGGAGUAAGCCCCUCGGUUUGCAUUCUGGGGACGCCGACCUGAAGUCCUCUCUGUCUGCUGGGCACUCAGAGCUACUGGGCCAGGGCUCCUUUUCAAGCAUGCUGGAGGAGCAGGGCAGCAAGGACAGCCGCCAGGGCCAGUGGCAGCGGAGACGGCGACUGGAUGGGGCCCUCAACCGUGUCCCUGUGGGCUUCUACCAGAAGGUCUGGAAGGUCCUUCAGAAGUGCCAUGGCCUCUCUGUGGAGGGCUUUGUUCUCCCCUCUUCAACAACCAGAGAGAUGACCCCAGGGGAAAUAAAGUUUGCUGUGCAUGUGGAGUCAGUCCUCAACCGUGUGCCCCAGCCAGAGUACAGGCAGCUGCUGGUGGAGGCUAUCUUAGUGCUCACCAUGCUGGUGGACAUGGAGGUACACACCAUCGGUGGCAUCAUAGCUGUGGAAAAGAUCUUGCAGAUGGCCAAUGACCUCUUCUAUGAGGAGCAGAAAGCCCUGGGCGCUGAUGACCACAUGCUGGCGAGGGAUCCCACGACGGGCAUCUGCAGCCUGCUGUAUGACAGUGCACCGAGUGGUCGGUUCGGCACCAUGACCUACCUGUCCAAGUCGGUGGCUAUGACUGCCAACUCCACUGGUGCAUGAUCACUGCAAUGAUUGGUUGCCUCCAAGACUGACAUCACUGAUUAGCUCACUUGCAUUAGUGACCCAACAGGUCCAGCAAUGCAUCCCCUCACCUGGCUUAAGAAGUUAUCUUCCAUGCACUCCAGGAAACUCCUGGAUUGCCUACACCUUGCUGUGCUACUUUUCCAGCAGGUGUUGGGGUGGUUGAAGUCCCCCAGCAGGAGGAGAGCCUGCAAGCAGGAUGUCUCCUGUAGCUGGAGUAAGAAGCCUUCAUCAAUAGAUUCCUCUUAAUCAGGCAGCCUGUAGCAGACACCCUUUGUUGCCGUGGUCUCUGAUUCUCACCCACAGGCUUUCAACCUGCUCAUGGCUGUUCUUUGGAGAUAGCUCUUCACAACCUAUGCAUUUCUUAAUAUAGAGGGCAGCCCCUCUGCCCCUUCUUCCUCGCCUGUCCCUUCUGA